UCCAACAAAAAUACUAACAAAAAUGUCGCAAAAUACUCGAAAAGAAAUCAUGUUUCUUUAAUUUUCCGACUGAACAUGGCCCGUAGCGAAGCCCAGUUGAGGGCGCAGCCUCGCCUAGACCUAAAAUGGCUGAAAACGAACCUGGAAAGUCUUUUUUAUUACAAUGAAAACCUGGUAAACGUUUGGAACGGUUUAAUCUCAGAUGGGGAACUAACUGGGAACUUUUCCCCAGGGCUCCUUAAUAACGCUGGUAUUAUGGCCAAGAAGGGCGAGUUUGGCAAAUAUUACUGUGGCCAAAGGGUGUUAACAUGUACAUGUUGCGAUGGCAUUUGUGGCCCUCAGUCAGGAUGUAAUUGUCCACCUUGCCAAAAAUUAGAUGCAGAGAAGGCUAAUCAGCCAGUAUUGAAGAAGGAAAAGGUUCCAGCUAUGGAUGCUUUGCUGGAUCAAUGGGCUUGGGGGCCUCAACCUACAAAAGAACAAUUAAAGCUCUGCAUAGAGAGCUUGAACCAUGAGCAAUCAUCUCUCUGUUCCGAGGCAGCUCAUUCCACCUUAUCUUCCAAUCGACUCUAUUACAAGCUAAUAAUUUUAAAGAGAUAUUUUAUUGCCCUUAAUAGGGUUCCACACAGUUUAGAUUUAGAGAGAGGUAUUACGUCCAAAAGCACCCAAAAAAGAGCUAAUGAAAUGAUUGAUAGCAGAUCUAGUAUCAAGGAUCUGAAUAAUAAAUGUAAAAAGGUAAGCAAGAUAGACCCAGCGACUGGUUUGGCGAGAGUCGGUUCUAGAGCAGCUUUAAAUUUUUCAUUUGCUUUCCUAAGGAGGGCAUGGAGGCUGGGUGAAGACAUUGAUUUGUGCAGUGAAAUGCUCACCGAAUCCUUAGAUGCAUUAAGAAUUUUACCUCCAUGUACACUUUAUAAUGAACCCGAGAUUUCUCCGGUGUGGUUAGAAGUUGUAGAGAAAUCUUCAAAAUUUUUAAGACAAGUGGUUGAAGGGGAAGUACCCAGUAGCAGUCGCCAACAAAACUGUUCAGUACCAAUAGAGGAUCAGCAUACAUCAUUGAAUAUUUUAUUGGAAUUUGUUUUGCAAAGGGGAACAUUGAGUUCAGUGCUCGAUAUGGUGUUGCUUAUGUUGAACUUGUGGGAAAAUAAAGUCCAUUUGGCUGACAACAGGUCUGCUUUGGCAAACAGCAGCGCCCCCUUGCUUCCAUUUUUAUAUCGUUUUGCUGACUUACCGGCAGCCCCCUCCACUUUAACACUGCAUCAAGGAAAAAAUGAUGAGAAAAUUAGUUGCACCCAGUUAUAUUUGGACAUGUUGGAAUUACCUGAAGAGGAAACCGGAGAAAUCGAUCUGAAACAGGCUUGCGUUUAUAUUAUGUGCCGGUUGGACCGGUUGGCCGCCCCGCAUAUUGCUCCACUCAGUUUUUAUAAGAAUCUUUCUCAUGUAAAUGGCCAAAAACUAUGGGGCUGGGGUUGGUUGAGUUGGAAUUCAACCUCAGGACCUCAACAAUGCGAAUCCAUCGCCGAGCUAAGUAUCAAACAACUAAAAUGCUCCGAAAGAGGUGUUUUACUGUUAACCCAAACCGGCGCCGUGUAUUUCGUUUAUUACACGUCGGAAACUCAAUGUCCCCAGCAGGUGGAACCGCUAAAAGGGAAAGAAAUCGUCGAAAUCGCCGCCCACGUGGAAGGGAAACACUUUAUGGCCCUGGACAAAGAGGGGAUCGUGUAUUCUUGGGGGAAAGGGGACGGGGGUCGUCUGGGGCACGGGGACACUUUGUCCAAAGACGAACCGACACCGAUCGAGGCCCUAUUUGGCAAAGAAAUCGUGUCGAUAGAGUGCGGUGCGGCUUACAGUGCUGCCAUAUCGUCCGCCGGAUUCCUAUACACGUGGGGCCGCGGCAACUACGGACCUUUGGGUCACGGUUCUUUCGAAGACGUCUUAACGCCCACUCACGUCAUCUCGUUGGCGGGUCAUCAUGUGGUGGGCGUGGCCUUGGGCUCCGGAGACGCUCAUACUCUCUGCGUGACCGCCAGGGGGCACUUGUACAGUUGGGGCGACGGCGAUUACGGAAAAUUGGGCAGAGGGGGUUCCGAGGGCAGCAAAGUGCCGAGACUCGUUGACCAAUUGCAGGACGUGUUUAUAACCAAAGUGUGGUGUGGGGCACACUUUAGUAUGGCCCUAUCGAAGGAGGGCCGAGUUUAUAGUUGGGGAAAGGGCGAGGGUUGGAGACUGGGACACCAAAACGAGGAAAACGUAAGGAUGCCCCAGUUGGUAGAAGCCUUUCAGGAGUAUAAAGUCGUUUCGAUGGCUUUUGGGGUGUCGCAUUGUUUGGCCCUGACCGACGACGGAAGGGUGUUCGCUUGGGGAAAAAAUGAAAAUAGGGAAAUCGUCGAUACGGGGGAAUCGUACCUCCGGCAACCCAGAGAAGUCGAAUCGUUAAAAGAUCACAGAAUAACGAACAUCAGCUGCGGCCCGAUACAGAGUUUCGCGUGGACCGAUCAAAACAAUUUCACUCCGUCUACGGCGAUCCCGUUUGUUAUGGAAUUGACCGAAAACACCUUUAAAUACCUGGAUCAGCUGCUGGCAGUCAUCACCGCCUCCUCGCCCUCCACUCAGGAUAAGGAAUGCAUCGCUGUGGCCACUUUGAAUGUUUUACAGUUGCAGUUGCACAGUAUUAUUAAUAAUCAUUUGGAUGCCAAGACGUUUGGUUUAGGUCCCAACAGUAAACUAUUGGCCUCAAUAAAAUCCCGCGUGGUCCAUUUGGCGAGCAGCGCCAACAUCUUGUCGACCGUUCAAAGUGCGGCCCAAGAAGUCCUUCAAGCUGGUUGGUCGGUUUUAUUGCCCACGCCCAACGGUAGAGCGAGAACUUUAUCGGCCCUACUGUUAAACACCGAUAUCGAGACGAAAAUGUGCAAAUCCGGCCACAGAUUCAUGACGGAUCUUUUGGUGUGGUCCCUAAUGGCCGAGGGGGGUCUAGAAACCGCUUUGGAGGAAUUUUUGAGCGUCGAUGUCUCCGAAACGAGCUGCGUCGAGGAGAAUUAUGAUAUCGGAGCAUCACCUCUUAGCAUCCCCUUGCUUUACUUGGUCAGGCAGUUGAUUAGAAACAGUUCGAAUUUAACCCAAAGCUCUUUAAAAGAGCACGGCAAAGGUGCUUUGCAAAAGCAAUCCGCCUCUCCUAGCAUGAAACUGUUGCAAAGGCUUCAAAGAUUAAUGAUUGGUAAAAUGCUGCAAAAUCCCGAGUACAGAGAGUCCACAGAGGGUCUCAUGUCGAAGUAUAUCGAAUGUUUUAGCGGCCACGUCACCACCACUUUGAGCAUCGCCUACGAUGUUUGCAUGGUCAAUCCGAAGAAUUUCGUUUACGUUAUGCAAAUAUUGAAAUAUGACAUUAUUGGUAUUUUAUUGCCCGAACUUCUGGUGAGUCUCAUUUUGCUCGAACAAGAGUUGGACAUGUUUUUGACCUCCAUGGACUGGCUCGGCACUUUUAGGGACAUCCUGAAAUUCUUGGACAAAUUGUGUCGUAUCGCCCCGGACAUUGAGACUCUGGAUUUGGACGAUAUUAGUUGGCCGGGGGUUUCACAGGCCAAACCUUCACAAAUAUCCCACAAACUGCACGACGAUUUGCCUCUGAUCAGGAAAGCUGAUUUGGAAAAUCAUAAUUCAGAUGGCGGAAGGUGGCUUGUACUCAACAAUCGAGUGUACGACGUCCAAGAUUUCCGCUGUGAUAAUCCCGUUAUAACCGAAACUCUGCAACAAUACGCGGGCAAAGAUGCCAGUCACGUGAUGAACACUUCUUACCCCCAUCUACUGCCUUUAAUGGAACAUUAUUUGGUGGGUAACUACUGUUUACCCGAAACGGAGACUCCUAAUGUUGGAAAUAUGGAUUAUAUGCACACCUGGGCAAUGCUCCUGGAUUGCGAGCGGAAUCUGGGGUAUCUUUUAGGUCUUCAUGCCUUUAACUUGCGCCAAAGUCUGCCCCUAAAAGAGGAAGAAACUCAAUCGAGGCACUGGAUUACUUCUCCGUUUCUCUCGGGUGGUCUGCAAGUAGACCAACCGCCGAAUCCUUAUGAGGAGGAAAAAGGCGAAUCGCGUAGCACCAAUUCGACAACCGAUAAUACACCCACGGAACCCAAUCGGGGAAACGUCACCCAGAAGAUGUUAAAGAGGUUCCACCUGCCUAUAGAUCGGAUCAAUUCCUUUAUUAAUGCCCUUGCCGAGAGCAGAUUAUCCGAUCAAUACGUCAUUGCCUUCCUGGCGGUGGUGGAGCAAUACUCGAAGGCCAACAAUUAUUUAACGCGGGUCGAUUUUUCCUUUGAACACCCCGUAGAGGAGAUCGGCAGAGUUUUGUUUGCGGUUUUAUUGAAACAUUUGGGACUGGGUUAUGUGCUGCUGCCCGUUUUGGAUACAUAUUCCUCGCAACCUAACAACCUAAAAGUCCCAAAAUCCGUAGCGGAAAUGAUCCGACUGGUACAUCAAACCAAAUGGAACCUGAUCAAAACCAGACAGGAGGCGAACAAAAGCUAUAAAGAAAUAUGCAUUCCAUUACUAGAAAAGUGCCGGUUUCUCCUCUACGAGGUUAAACCGGCCGUAAGUGUCGAAAUGGAAGCGUUCAAGCGGGUUAAUGCGCUCUAUAAAGAACCCAGAGUGAGAACCUUGGUUAAAAAGGUUAUAAAAGACCUGAAAUGCGGCCGACACACCUCGGACAUACAGAAACCCGAGGACAUCGUGAACGCCACCAUUCAGUCGCAGAGUGUCGAGAGAAAAUCGCACGAGGAUUUGGUGAAACAGUCGAUGAAAAAGGCGCCGUCCGACGGGAAAAUUGCGGAAAGUAAGAGCGAAACCGACGAUAUGAAUAACGAAAUCAAGAACGGCGCUCAGAAAGGUGAUCCAAGAAACGUACUAACAGAUUCAUUCACUUCGAACUCAUCGAAAAACCCUGUGGAAGACAUAAAAGCCGAGCUGGACGAAAAGUGGAACGUGGAAAAGCCAGAAAACGCCUUAAGAAUCGAACCCAACGAAGAAGAAAAGGAGAAAAAGUUGGAAAACGACGUGGUUCUCUCGGGGAUCGUGUCCAAACUGACAGAGAAACAAAUGAGUAAAGUGUGCGAGGCAAAUUUGAACUUGAUGACGUCGAUUUUGGAAUUUGUGACCCAAUCGAAUUGUGACGUGGACGUUCUGAGGAAAGUCAUGUACUAUCAGGUAAACCGUUCAAGAAUCCGUAAAUCGGGCCUAUCAAUGAUCAAACAGUUACUAGACGAAACGCACCUCUUAACCUCGACAAAAUAUUCGAUCAUCAACGGUUUCUUGGGCCUAGACAGGAAAAAAUCCCACAUCCAGCACUGCUUAGAAAACAUCCAACUGGUAACACCGUUCUUGAAGACCGAAAUGCUCCUAUCCCAGCUGAGCAUCACCGAAUGGUGCAUACAGAACCUACGCAGCUACAUUUUAAGGGACGUCCCCUCGAAAACCUCGAAAUUAAAAGGGAUCAACAACAAAGUUUCUUUGAACUUGGGAACGUACACUUUGCUCAGGGACAUCCCUAGGGCUCGCAUGUUACUCGCCCUGUUGGGCGUAUUGGCGUCCAACUGUUACAACGCGUUGGAACUGAACCCGUUGAUAAACAGCGGCGUGAUCUCGUCGGUUCUCGCCCUGUUGAAACAGUCCGGGUGCGACCAAACCAUCGUGCGAAAAGUCUCCGAGUUUUACGUGUUGUACGCGGAUGCGGUGGACGUGAAUCGGCCGAGUUUGAAGGCCCUCAAGGGUCCCGAACUGGCGAAUCUGAUGAAAAUCGGCACGAGGGUGGUGCGGGGAGCGGACUGGAAAUGGGGGGAUCAGGACGGAAAUCCGCCCGGGGAGGGGCGCAUCAUCGGGGAGUUGGGCGACGACGGAUGGAUCAGGGUCGAGUGGGCGAACGGCACCACCAACAGUUAUCGCAUGGGGGUCGAGGGAAAGUACGACUUGACUUUGACCUCGCCACCGUCGCCGGUUUCUUCGGAAAGUGACACGGCCGAGGAGUCUUGUGAGAGAAGUUCCCAAAUAGUAAAAGACAAUCAACUGAUCAAACUGCUACGGGACUCGAGCGUAAACUUCCUGCGUAACUUGACGAUAAGCGCGGGUCUCACCGACGACAAUCUCCACUUCACCUCGCUGCACGGCCUCAGCAGCCUCUUCUGCUCGAUUUUGACGAAUCCCGGCACCUCCGAGUGGUGCAACUUGACCCUGAUCCGCACCAUCUGCCAGACCCAACAGCUCUGCCGAGCUUUCAGCACCAAACCGUGGAUGAACCUGCUGCUCGGCUUCCUCACACCCCCCAGCAGCAGCGGGGGGAACGAGUUCAAUUUGCCCAAACAGAUUUUGACCAUUCGUCUGUUACAAACCGUGUUACAUUCGUGGGAUAUGGACAAUUGCGAGAUCCAGUGCGUUUUGGAGAAGUUGCUUAAUAUUUUAGGGAAUAUUAUUAUCACUUGCUCGUACGACACCGGGAACAAGCCUUUGGCAAGGAGCAACAAGUCUUUGGUGCUACUGACUCAGAACCACAGCAGCACCUUGGCUCAGGAAAUUAUCAACUUGCUAAGGAGUCUGCAUGGGGUGCUCGGGUUCAAUCAGGUCUUGAACGCCAUAUUGAAUCAAAAAUUGAAUUUGGCAGGUUAUUUCCUCAGCGAUUUGUGCACCACCAAUGAAGCGAUGAAUUCCGAUCAGCAGCAGUACAUGGUGGUGGCCUGUUUGAACGUGAUCGGGGCGUGGGAUGUGAGACCGCGAGUGGGCGCUUCGGCGGAAAUCGACGGGGUUCCGGGCACGGUGACCCAAGUGACCCCCAAAGGUCGCUUAUGUCUACAGUUUCACGACAGUGGCGAAGUUCGAAAAGUGUCCAUUAAAGACUUGAAGCUGUUGCCCGCUCCCGAGUUUACUUUCGACAAGAUGCCAAUGAACGAGACGUCGGUCAAAACUUGGGCCAAUUUGCUCUUGAUUCGUCACAGUUCAUUGAACGCCCACGACAGGCGGUCGUACCACGGACAAGUCAAUCUCGCUUAUCUGAGAACGCAACAGAACAUUUUGAGCGCGUUAAAUGCCACACGGAUCCUGCACAGUCAUCAGUUUAGGUUAAGAAAAGUGCUGAAAUUCCCGGUUAACGGAAUGGACCAAUCGCAGGAGCAGCAGUCGAUCGAGGAGGAGCUGAACCAGCAACCGAUUUUGCUGAUUCAGAAAUUGCUGGCUAAAGCCACUCAACCGAGUCCGCUGAAGCCCGGAUUCAGUUUGCAAGAAAUGCAGUUGGCUGCUUUAAAUUUAAGUCAGUAUUUGGCUGCCGAGGGCAACUUUGAAGUACCAUGCGGGAUCAAUAACGAUAAGCCGGGCGGGAGUAUGGUCACUAUUAAGCCAGGUCCAGCGAGUGAGUUGGCAACACCAAACAGCGAGUGUUCGAUAAAGAGCGUCGUAAGCGAACGGACCAGCAAACGAUUAGAGUUGGAAGACGAGACGCCGCCGAUCCAUCCGAUGGUCCAUCAAAUCGUCGAAAUGGGUUUCACCAAGAAGUCGGUGGAGUACGCGAUCAAAUCGUUAUCGGAAAACCCGGAAACGGUCGUGGUCGAAGAGUCGGUCAUUUGUUGGUUGCUGGAACAUCCGGAAAUAGCGCAGGAGGACACGGAAUCCAUGAGUUCCGUUUACGAGUCGGAUACCGAGUCACUUUCGUAUGAAUUGGGAGGACUCGGCGGAGCAGGAGGAGGAGGUGGAGAGGAGAACCAGGAUUCAGGCAGCGGCGCCUCGUACCAAUUUUGCAGACGCUCCCAAUUUUUAUCCAACGACGAAUACGCGAUGUACAUCAGGGACAACGUGGAGGUGGGCAUGUUGGUGCGGUGCUGCAAGAAUUACGAAGAAGUGCAACUCGGCGAUAUCGGGAAAGUCGUGAAGAUCGAUAGGGAGGGUUUGCACGAUUUGAAUUUGCAGGUAAACUGGCAACACAAAGUAAGCACUUACUGGGUUCGCUUCAUCCACGUGGAAGUGCUCGGGUUCCCCCCUUCGAUGCCCACCCCGGCCACCAUCAAAGUGGGCGACAAGGUCCGCGUGAAACCCACCGUGAACACUCCGAGGUACAAAUGGGGUUACGUGACCCACGACAGCGUCGGCGUCGUGGCGGCGAUUUCGCCCAACGGCCACGACGUCACCGUCGAUUUCCCGAAACAGCAAAACUGGACCGGGCUGCUGUCCGAGAUGGAGGCGGUACCGUCGUGCCACGAAGGCGUCGCCUGUAACAGCUGCUGCGUCCAGCCGAUCAGGGGUCCGAGGUUCAAGUGUAAAGUGUGCGAGGGAUACGACCUGUGCGACAAUUGUUUCUACACGAAGCGGAACCACCGGCACGGCUUCGUGAGGAUUCAGGAACCGGGCGGUGCAGAGGUGGACGCCGGUAAGGCGGGCCGGUACUAUCGGCAAGAGACCGUCGAACUCGAGGGGGACAUAAUCAGCGAGUGGAAUCGGAUGGUGAAGGACAUCUCGGUGUCGUCGAAGUAUGGGGAGCGAUUCGACUUGCCCGGGUUCUUUUGGCAGAGUAACGGGGCGAAAGGGAAACACUGGAUUAGACUCGAGUUGUUUCCCGAUAUUCUGAUUAAAAGUUUGAGCGUCAGAGUGAAUCCGGACGACGCCAGUUUUAUGCCUUCUCUCAUCGUUGUAUAUGGAGGAAAUAGUAUAACUACCUUGGUCGAAUUAGACACUAUUUUAGUAAACAAAUACGAAACGAACGUGAUCUUACUCACGAACGUAGAUAAACAUUAUCCAUUUAUCGAAAUCCAUAUAACGCAGUGCAGAAGAAACGGUACCGACUGCAAAAUCCACGGGAUCACUUUGGUGGGAGUGAAACAAAAAACCACCGGGGACUUUAAGACUUCCGUCUCUUUUCUCGCUAACGACUGGGACUUAAAUAAGGAGAGUCUGCCGGCCCCCACGGUAGUAACGACAACGUCGCAAGAUGGUUAUGCCACACCAAAUAACGCGGUCGGCUGUAAAGUUUAUGUGUGGGGGUUGAACGAUAAAGACCAAUUGGGAGGCAUGAAAGGUUCUAAAGUAAAACUGCCGGUACAGUCAGAUUUCUUGUGCCAACUAAAACCGGUCCACAUAGCCGGCGGGUCGAAAUCUCUGUUCGUGGUGUCACAGGAAGGGAAACUGUAUGCGUGCGGCGAGGGUACGAACGGUCGUCUGGGCCUGGGGCACAGUCUGAACGUACCCCAUCCCCGUCCCGUCCCCUUUUUAAGUCAGUACGUGGUCAAGAAGGUGGCGGUGCACUCGGGAGGGAAACAUGCGAUGGCCCUCACCCUGGACGGUAAAGUUUUCUCGUGGGGCGAGGGAGAAGACGGGAAACUCGGACACGGCAACAGACUGAACCUGGACAAACCCAAAUUGAUCGAAUCGUUAAAAAGUAAAAAAAUCCGCGACAUCGCUUGCGGGAGCUCGCACUCGGCCGCUAUCACGAGCAGCGGCGAACUCUACACCUGGGGACUGGGCGAGUACGGACGGUUGGGUCACGGGGACAACGUCACCCAACUGAAACCCAAAUUGGUGAAAGCCCUGGUGGGGCACAGAAUCGUGCAGGUGGCGUGCGGCAGCAGAGACGCCCAAACUCUGGCCCUCUCGGAUCAAGGGAUGGUGUUCAGUUGGGGCGACGGCGAUUUCGGGAAAUUGGGCCGCGGUGGUUCCGAGGGGUGCAACGUGCCCCACAACAUCGAACGGUUGAAUCACUUGGGCGUGACGCAGAUCGAGUGCGGGGCCCAAUUCUCGUUGGCACUGACGAAGUCCGGGCACAUCUGGACGUGGGGCAAAGGCGACUACUUCCGGUUAGGCCACGGUACCGAUCAACACGUUCGUAAACCGACCCUGAUCGAGCCCUUAAGGGAUCGGAAAGUGAUUCAUGUGGCUGUAGGGGCGUUGCAUUGUUUAGCGGUCACGGAUACGGGACAGGUUUAUGCUUGGGGGGACAACGAUCACGGACAACAGGGUAACGGUACCACCAUAGUGAAUAGGAAGCCGGCCUUGGUGCAAGGGUUGGACGAUGUGCAUAUUAAUAGAGUGGCCUGUGGUAGCAGUCAUUCAAUUGCUUGGACUCUACAGGAUGUUCAAACAGUGGCUAAGGUGGAACCAGUGAUCUUCUCUGUACCUAAAGACCCUCUGGGGUCAUCUAUCUUGGGCCUGUACGAGGGUGAAAAAGUCGCAAUGAAACCCGCGGGCAAAAAUUCACCCUCGUUAAGCAGCAUCGUGAUGUCCCUGGAGAGCAACACCGCAAAACAGCAGGCGCUGCAACACGUGUUGAACGCGAUGCACAUCCAACAGUUGCGUCAGGCGAUAGUCCGCGCCCUGAGCAGUCACACCAACGUGAAAAAUCAACCGGGUAUAAAACAGGGCGGCACCCUCGACCUGGACAACAGGGGCGGCAGCCUGACUUACAAUAUAAACGGGGGGGAGGCGGUGUCCGGGGGCGGGGAGGCGCCCGUUUCCAUCUCGGAAAUCGCGGAUAUGGCAACGUCGCAAACUAGUCCGGACCCGGAGUAUCCGUUGGCGCUGUUGCAGUCGAUGACGGCGAGCAGCUGCUCGGCCAGCAUUUCCUCGAAGCACAGUAAAAUGUCCACCAGUGCCAUGAGCGUCAUCGCGGCCACUUUAACUAGUCAUGCUGAGGUCGUAGGCGACAAUGGACAAACCGGCUUGGACGACUUCACAUCACUUUUGACUGAAAACGACUCAAGACUGAUUGUUGAUCUCCUUAAAUUAGCUGUAGCGGAACGGAUUGAAGACGACCAAGCCAAAGAGAUUCUUGCCACGACCUUGAUAACGAUGGGAUCCGCAAAUCCGUCGAUCGGCGCGAUGCUACUCGAGCUCUGCGUCACCGAACUCGAAGACACCACCAACUCCGCUCAGCCCUACUCAUCGACUCCCCAUCCGGUGGUGCAGGAGUCCAAUCAUCCCUACUUGGACGAUAUUAAAUUGACGGGACGCGUCAGAUUACCGGGAGCGGAGGCUUUGAGGGUCGAGUUCGACCGAAGGUGUUCAACGGAACGACGUCACGACCCUUUAAUAAUCACCGAUGCCUCCUCAAGGGUGAUGACGAUGCGUAGCGGUCGCGAAUGGUCCGAUUGGUCGGCCGAACUGCGAAUCCCCGGUGACGAACUCAACUGGACUUUUAGCAGUGACAGCUCGGUUAACGGGUGGGGUUGGCGGUUUACCGUUUAUCCGGUGGUGCCCAAUAAUGGAAUAAUGGAAAUUGGAUCUGACCGGGCCAUCUUAAGUCAACCCUCGAUGGAUAUGGUCAUGAAUUUACUGGAUCCUCGUCUCUAUUCUUCGGCGAAUCCCGCUCUGAUGUCCCGGUUGGCUGCUGCUUUGGCCGCUUGUUCUCAACUCAGUUUCUUGUCCGCCAACCAAAGGAUGUGGGCUCUACAAAAGCUGCACAGACUUCUUACGGACAGCAAGCAUAAAACGGCCUCCGAACAGUUGCAGCACUUGAAUUCGCCAGAUGGCGCCCUGGCCAGUUUAUUAGAGGAACUACCGCAGGCCUUGCUGAGACAAUUCGAAUAUGAAGACAGUUCGGUCAGAGCGGGACUACACUUGAUGCAUUCAGAUUUCUUUAAGGUUUUAGUUGCUCUCGCUUGCGACUUGGAGUUGGAUAAAAGCGCCGAUAUCGUUGAUAAUCAUAAAUGGGUGUGGUUUAGGAGGUAUUGUAAUGCGGCCAGAGUGGCCAAAUCGUUGACUCGCCGUCUACCGUUGCCGAUGAAUUUUUGCUUCGAGGUGAGAAAGAAAUUCACCGACAGCCAGGACUGCUCGGAUUCCUCCAUUGACUGUUAUUUGGAACACGAAAAUCACGUGAUUUUCAAGAAGGAGCACGAUGAACAACUGUUGGUAUGGCUUAAUCGGAAACCGGAGGAUUGGACGUUGAGUUGGGGCGGAUCCGGUACCAUAUAUGGGUGGGGCCAUAACCAUCGUGGUCAACUGGGAGGUGUCGAGGGGGCCAAAGUGAAAACUCCCACCCCGUGCGAGGCUCUGACCCAACUUAGGCCCGUGCAACUGUACGGGGGUGAGCAGACUCUUUUUGCGGUCACAGCCGAUGGAAAAGUUUACGCUACGGGAUACGGAGCGGGAGGACGAUUGGGAAUCGGGGGAUGCGACAGCGUUUUGGUUCCCACUUUACUCGAGUCCAUCCAGCACGUGUUUGUCAAGAAAAUCGCCGUCAAUUCCGGAGGAAAGCACUGCUUGGCCUUAUCAGGUGAUAAUGAGGUGUAUUCGUGGGGCGAGGGCGAAGACGGCAAAUUGGGCCACGGAAACAGACUCUCUUGCGAAAAACCUAAACUGAUUGACGCUCUACAAGGCUUCGAAGUGGUGGAUAUCGCGUGUGGUGGUGCCCAUUCGGCGGCCAUAACGGCUUCCGGUCAUCUGUACACGUGGGGCAAAGGUCGAUACGGUCGUUUGGGGCACGGGGACAGUGAGGAUCAACUGAAACCGAAACUGGUCGAAGCCCUGGUCGGGUACAAAGUGGUGGGAGUGGCCUGUGGCUCAGGCGAUGCGCAAACCCUUUGUAUCACCGACGAUGAUAACGUGUGGUCCUGGGGUGACGGAGACUACGGGAAACUGGGGAGAGGAGGAUCUGAUGGUUGUAAAGUACCGAUGAAAAUCGAAAGUUUGGCCGGUCUCGGGGUGAUCAAGGUGGAGUGCGGAUCUCAGUUCUCGAUCGCUCUCACCCGUUCCGGGAGCGUUUAUGCGUGGGGCAAAGGCGACUACCAUCGUCUGGGGCAUGGUACCGCGGAGCACGUCAGAAGACCGAAAAAAGUUGCAGCGUUGCAGGGAAAAAAAAUCGUGUCAAUCGCCACCGGAUCGUUGCACUGCGUCGCCUGUUCUGACGAAGGAGAGGUGUUCACUUGGGGCGAUAACGACGAGGGUCAACUGGGCGACGGCACGACGAACGGCAUCCAACGUCCCCGACUGAUCACCGCGUUGCAGGCGAACGUGAAGAAAAUCACGAACGUCGCCUGCGGAUCCGCCCACACUCUCGCCUGGUCCACGGACAGUUCGGCGAGUGCACGUUUACCGUUUCAGGCACCGAUCGAGUACGACCUACUUCAGGACAUUCCCACGUGGGUCCUGCAUAGACGUUUGGUCCUGCUACAUCAUUUCACCGAACUGAUUUGUCCCUGCAUCACGAUGUUCCCUAUUACUGGGGAGGAUUCGUUGCACGAGUUACGGAACAUUUUGAUUUAUUACAUUAAGGAGGCGACCUUUAGGAAAGUGGUGCAGGCCACUAUGGUGAGGGAUAAACAUCACGGGCCUGUGAUCGAGCUAAAUCGAUUACAAGUGAAGAAGUACAGAUCUCGAGGUGGCUUGGCUGGGGUGGACGGAAUGAAGUCAGUUUUUGGCCAAAUGGUCACGAAUCUGCCGCUUCUCACUUCCGAGGCCCUCGCUUUGCCCCAUAGAGUUUGGAAGGUCGAAUUUGUCGGUGAAAGUGUGGACGAUUGCGGCGGAGGUUACAGCGAAUCGAUCGCGGAAAUGUGCGACGAACUCCAAAACGGUUCGUUACCCCUGCUUAUCCCUACUCCGAACGGUAGAGAUGAGGCGGGAGCGAAUAGGGAUUGUUUUGUUUUAAAUCCCACGGCGAAGACUUGUUUGCAUUUAAAUAUGUUUAGGUUUUUGGGAGUUUUAAUGGGAAUCGCGAUAAGAACCGGAUCUCCGUUGAGUUUAAAUUUAGCUGAACCGGUGUGGAAGCAAUUGGCUGGCAUGGAACUGACCCCAGCCGAUUUGACCGAGAUUGACCGGGAUUAUGUGCCCGGGCUGUUGUGCAUCAGGGAUGCCGGCUCCGACGAGCCCCUUUUCCAAAACCUGGAGAUGCCAUUCAGCACUCCGUCCUCCUGUGGCAACGACAUACUUUUAAGUACCAAAUACAAGAGGAUCACUUUUGAAAAUAGACUGGAAUAUGUGAGAUUAGCUUUAAAUUUUAGGUUACAUGAAUUUGAUGAACAAAUCACCGCAGUACGAGACGGCAUGUCGAAAGUGGUUCCGGUGCCACUUCUCAGCCUUUUUAGUGGCUACGAAUUGGAAACGAUGGUUUGCGGUUCACCGGACAUUCCCUUGUCUUUAUUGAAAUCUGUGGCCACAUACAAAGGUAUCGAUAGUACCGCCCCGCUAAUCCAAUGGUUCUGGGAAGUAAUGGAAGACUUUAGCAACCAAGAGCGUUCCUUAUUCUUGAGAUUCGUGUGGGGCCGAACCCGUUUACCGCGUACAAUCGCAGAUUUCAGAGGCAGAGAUUUCGUGAUUCAGAUUAUCGAUAAGUACACUCCGCCCGAUCAGUUCUUGCCCGAGAGUUACACUUGCUUCUUCUUGCUGAAAAUUCCGAAAUACUCUUGUAAGCAUAUCCUUCAGCAAAAACUAAAAUACGCGAUUCACUUCUGCAAGUCAAUAGACAAGGAUGAGUACGCGAGGGUGGCGAUGGCCGGCGACCUGGCGGUCAGUUCCAGUUCGGACGUGGAGAGCGACCCGGAAAUGGACAGUAGCAACUGAAAACAAACGACAACGGAGGAACUCGUGCUCCCGUCCAGAUCCACUUCUCACUAUUAUAGAUUAGAAACAAAAACAGCAAAAGAUAGCAUCUCAUUAGUUACUAACGCUAGCCUUGUAAUAAUUGUUUUCUAAUAAUAAAAAUGGUUGUUUAUUUACCGUAGGGUAGGUAUGUACUUAUACAGGGUGUUUUAGUAAGCGUGAAUCACGGCCAUAUCUCGGGAAUUGUUAAUCUGACAUCAUUGGAUUUUCUUUUUGUUUAAAGUAAUAAAAGUGGCCAUGAGAAAGUGCUAGAAAUUAUUUUUCGGUUAGAAACUUGGUCACCAGGGUACGCUUCCUGAAAUUACAAGAAUAUAAUAGUUUUUAUAAUAUUUUUAAUUUUUAAGUUUUUAAUUCAAAUCUCCCACCAAUUUAGGCAAAAAAUAUUCGCGUACUACUAGAUACAAUAUUUAGAAGUACUUACAUUUGAUUUUUAAACAAGCCCAAAUUGAACAAAAUCAUUUAAAAGUUUUAGUCAAUAUAGACAGUUAUACUUUCUCUACCUUUAGCAUUAACCUUAACCUUUUAGUCUUGAACCAAAAUGAUUGAAAAUACUCCAAGGUUUCUAAUUAUGUAAAAAAAGUACCUUAAUCUGACAUUGUUGAGAGAAAAUUAGAAUUGAAUUAUUGACCUUCCCAGUAUUUUCUCUUGGUCACUUUUAUAAUGUCAAAAAAUUCCAAUGAUGUCUAUAGAUUGAUAAUUCCCGAAAUGCGAACCACUCUUACUGAGACACCCUGUAUACAUACUUAUUUCAUAACGCGUUUACUUUUAGUGAAAUUUAAGUAUUAUUACUGAAGGAUUUUCUGUAUAACAACCAUGGUAGGUAGUGUCGUUUUUGCUUCGGUUAAUUUCAGCCCUAUUUGUAUUGUGAGGGUGGGUAUUUUUUCUGAUAAUCUUUUCUAGGUUAUGUACACGCACCUGUGAUCUACUUUAUACACUAAAUACUCCGUUGCUUGAAUAAAAAAAAAACAAUCGCUACGAUGCCAAAUUGAGCUCAUUACGCGUUUAGUUAAUACUUUUAUACGCCGCUCUGUAUAUUGACUAUAAUGUUUACUACAUUCCCCCUUUAUUUUUUUACCCAUAUAAAAAUCUAUAUAAGUGUAAUAUUUGCAAUUUUAGUUAUUAUGCUUAAGGGAUUUUUUUAUUGGAUGUAUUGAUGUCUCUAGUCACCUCAUUAGUAAUCUAAUAAAAAAAAAAAUGUUUAUCAAAAAAUUA